AUGGCGGCAAUUCUUUCUUCCUACGAGAAAAGUCCUGAACAUUUGCAGAACUAUCAAAAGUGGAAAGAACUACAUCAGCGAUUACAGAGGGAUAGUACAAUAGAUGCAGAAAUUUUGCGCAAGAUGAAGAAUGAAGAAAAGUAUUGGCAGCAAAUACUAAAGCGUUUAAUAGCAUUAGUGAGAGUUUUGGGUGAACAGAAUCUAGCUUUUCGCGGUACAAAUGAAACAUUGUACAGUGCCAAUAACGGGAAUUUUUUAAAAUUUGUGCAAUACUUAGCCAUUUUUGAUCCAUUAAUGAACGAACAUCUACGAAAGAUAUCAAAUAAAGAGCUUCAUACACACUAUCUUGGCAAAGAUAUACAAAAUGAACUUAUUCAACUGUUAGGAAAUGCUAUUAAGAAAGAAAUCAUACAAUCAGCAAAUGCAAUGAAAUAUUUUUCAAUAGUUCUCGAUGGUACUCCUGACUAUAGCCAUGUUGAGCAAAUGACAAUAAUUAUUCGUUUUGUUAAAGUUGAUUCAUUGAAAAAGGAGUUUAGUAUCAAAGAACAUUUUUUAGGCUUUGUACCUUUAAAGAAAACAACUGGAGCUUAUAUGGCAGAAACGAUAAUACAACAACUAGAAGAAAUGGAGUUACCUAUUGAUAAUUUACGUGGCUAA